AUGGACGUGAUCCAAGACUGGGCGACGCUGCUGCUCCAACACGUCGGAAGCAGUUCGCUGCAACCGUUACUCCCGCUCUACGACACGCUGCGCGUGCACGUCGUCCCGUUCGCGCAAACGCUCGUGGCCAAGCUCGCCGAGAAGCCGGACCUCGCGACGCUCGCGCUGCUGGCCAUCAUCCUGUGGCUCUCGCUCAAGAUCCUCGGCUUCUUCUACGGCCUCGUCAUGUACUGGGUGCGCAUGGCUGUGCGGCUGGCGCUGCUGGCCGCCCUGCUCGCCGCGGGCACCUACGUGGCUACGCGCGGCGUCGAGGGCGCCGCCGACGACGCCAGGUAUUGGGCGGGCGUGUGGACAAAGGAAUAUCGCCGCUAUCAGGACCAGGUGGACCAGGCGCGCGAGUGGCAGUUGCAGCAGAUGCAGCAGCAGCAACCUAUGGCGAGGAGGUGA